AUGUCCAGAGAUCCCUCGCCCGUCGAGAGCGCGUCAGAAACACGUCUCAAUGAGGAAGAAGACCUCGCUGCCACGCUUGAUGCGUACCUUGAAAAGGAGCCCGAAACUGAGGAACAGAAGGACUUCAAUAUGCUUUCGGUGGAGGUUAAGCUAGCGAGAUUGAAUCAGUUAGUGCAAAAGUCCCAAGUCUACUCGCAGAUCAUUCUAGAUAACAUGUUGGAGAAGUCCAUCCAGAAGAAGCGAAUGCAAGAGAGAAUCGAUAAAGGAGAAGUUGUCCCUGAGCCUACUGAGCCUAAUUUAGACUUCAGCUCACUGAACAGUGGGUCCGAGUCGAAUUCCGAGUCCGAGUUGCUGUCUGAACGAUUGUCUGAAUCCGAAUCUGACCUCUCUGACAGCGAGGCCGAAGAAAGUGGCAUUGUACUAAGUGAAACCGAGGCUGAACUGACAGAUGGUACUGUUCUGGAGGAGUUUGUCGUGGAUGAUGAUUCUGAUGGCGACGCAGAGAAAAGCAAUGACAAAUCUCUGGAAGAAGAAGAAAAAGAAGAAGAAGAAGAAGAAGAAGAAGAAGAAGAAGAAGAAGAUAAAGAAGAUGAAGAAGAUGAAGAAGAUGAAGAAGAUGAAGAAGGAAUACAUUCAGCCGAUGACGAGGCCAACAUCUCCAAUAUCGAAGUCAUAGAAUCUGAAAGUGAGGAUGAAGCAUCAAAAAAAGAAUCCAACAGUCCCACUACAACCCCAACGCGAAAACCUAGCAAAAGUGCCAAAAGCCAGAGAACAGAGAGGUUGGAAAGGUUAACUAGGUUGAAUCAGAAGAAAAGAGCAGCAACCCAAGACUCAGCCAAAGUUACACUGAAGGAUGUCAUCGAAAUUGACCUGAACCUGGGCGAUUCCUCAGACGAAUCAACGACUAGCACCACCACAACUCGCAAUACAUCAGCUAAAAGACGAAUUCUGGAGCACCAUAAGUCUAGUAAGAGAGCCAAGAUGACACCUGAAUUGCCGGAAUCCAAAAAGCUGAGAUUGUCUAGAUCACCGAAACAUUCCAGAUCCCCGGAAAUGUCCAAGCCUUCUAAAGGAAAAUCGUCCAGGAAAAAAGAAAAGAAAAAGAAGCCAAGGAGUACCAUGUCCAAGGAAACAGCAAGCACCAAGCAUGCCAUCGAAGCGGCUCAAACUAGCCAUAAACAGAAUCAGCCUAUUUUGGUUAGUGGUUGUACCAUGAAAGACUAUCAAUUGGAUGGACUAGAGUGGCUCAUUGCCUUGUAUGAAAACGGGCUAAACGGUAUCCUUGCAGACGAAAUGGGUCUUGGAAAAACACUCCAGUGCAUCGCACUCAUAGCAUAUCUUCUUGAAAAUGGCGUGAAAGGUCCCUUCUUGGUGGUUGCUCCUCUUUCGACUGUGCCUAAUUGGUGUAGAGAAUUCGCUAGGUUCGCUCCAAAAAUCAAAGUAUUGCAGUAUACUGGAAGCAAGGAUUAUAGAAAACGUUUUAGCUUCGGAAAAACUUUGAAGGCACAAGUGGUUGUAACCUCUUAUGACUUGGUGAUCAAAGAUAUCAGGAAGUUUCAAAGACCCAAGUGGACUUACCUAACGGUGGAUGAGGGCCAUAGAUUAAAGAAUUUUAACUGUACAUUGAUCAGACUAUUGAAGAAGUUGGAUGUGGGCAACCGAUUGCUUCUCACUGGUACUCCCCUUCAGAACAACUUGAAGGAGCUCUGGUCGUUGCUCAACUUUAUCUUGCCUGACAUAUUUCACGAUUUGGAGCUUUUCGAACUGUGGUUUGAUUUUGAUAAUUUGGAAGAUUCUGUUGGCGACACUUCACACGAGGAAAAAAGACUCAUUCAAGCAAAAAUCCAGGAACUGUUUGUUAAGAACUUGCACUCGGUGUUGAAACCAUUUUUGCUUCGGAGAAUCAAAAAGGAUGUUAUGAAGGGGCUACCUCCCAAGAAGGAAUACAUUUUGUUCUCUUCUUUAACUCCCAUGCAAAGCGUCUUCUACAAGGCUAUCAUGGACGACUACCUCCCUGAUAUGGUGCUUACUUCUUAUAUUAAAGAGUAUGCAUUGAUCAACUACCCAAAACUUUUCAAAACGAAAGAAGAUUUAAAUGAAAUUGAUAAGAUUAUAUUGCAAGUAAUUGAAGAGUCAUCAGAUAAUGAGACAUUCUACUCCGUCAACGAACAUUCCAACAAUGAGGUUAUUGAAAUUCUCUCUGACGAUGGCGACCACGAGCACUUGAGCGAGAAAGAUGAGGUCUACAAAAUCAUUAAAGGCUUGUUCAACAAAUUCGUUGCUCUUGUCAAAGUGAUGCCGCUCAAGAACAAAAUCAUGCAAAUGAGGAAGGUCUGCAACACCCAUUUAAGCUACUUCAAUCCAUAUGAGGGCAACAAUGAUGCAGCUAUCGCCAAGGAAUUAAUGGAAACGUCAGGUAAAUUUCAAAUGCUUUUACAGCUUCUUAGAAGACUCGUUGCAGAGGGUCACAAGGUGCUCGUUUUCUCGCAGUUCACCACUGCACUUGAUUAUAUCAGAAUUGUGCUCGAUAAUGAAGGUUUUUUGUGCAACCAAUUCGACGGACGCACUAAGCACGAAGUCAGGGAGGAAGAAAUCGAAGAGUUUAGUCGUGACGGACCAGAUUCGCUGCAAGUAUUCCUCUUGUCUACAAGGUCCGGAGGAUUGGGCAUCAAUUUGGUUAAGGCGGACACAGUGAUUCUAUUUGAUAAUGACUGGAACCCGCAGAUGGAUAUCCAGGCCAUUGACCGUGCGCAUAGAAUCGGCCAAACCAGACCAGUUAAGGUAUUCCGGUUUGUUGUUCGGCAGACAGUGGAGGAGCUUUUGAUUUUACGAAGUUUUAGCAAGCGACUUUUGGAGAGAAUGGUGAUUCAAGAUGGUGACUUCCAUUUGGGCGGAGUUGCGCGGAAGUUGGCAGAGAAGAAUAUUGAGAUCUCGUCGAAGACUAAAAUGUCGACGAUCUUGGAACUCAGUGAAAAAUUCAAUCUACAGGGAUCCACCAAUGGCCGGAAAACCACGGGCCAGUAUAAUGACAUUGUGCUCCAGCCGCAUUCAGUUGAGGAGCCCUUGACCGUGGAAGAGAUGGAUGAGUUAAUGGAUCGAAGCGAUGCGGCCUAUACACGAAGCAACUUUUCGUUUGCCAAUGUGACCACGUUCGAGACGUCACAGUUGGAGACGCAAUCAUAA